AUUGGGCAUCAAUUGAUUAAUUUUCUUAACUUUUCAAAUUCAGAUCUAGAAAAUGCAAACUUUGGUUUCAGUAGUUAUGUUAGUAUGUAAGCCAGAAAUUCAGAUGUAUUAUUUGUGGCUAUUAUGUUUUUUGUUGUGGUAGUAUUUACGUCAUGAAGCAAAGAAAUACAAUUUAAUAUAGAUUUAAUAUUAUGUCAUCACAUGUGUGUUUUUUUUCUUAAUUGUAAUUUAUUGUUAUUUUUGUAAAUGUUACUGGACAGAAUAAUUCAGACACAGGAGGGGACAUGAGAUGGUCACAUGUCAGCUUUUGCGGGGCGUGUCCCGCAUCUGUCCACACACCUGACUGACACAACGCCUCCCGUACCGCAUGUCAAAUGUUUACGAGUGUUUAGAUUAAAAGGAAAAAAAAAAAAACUCGUCACGUGGUUGAGGUUGGGAUCGUAGACUUUUAAACUCCCAGCUGGCAAAGCGGUUCAAGCGGAGCAGCCGCUGCCUCCAGCGGUUCAUCUCCACGCGGUUCGGGAUGGACGGACGUCAUGACAGGAACUGUUGGUUUCACUCCGGCUAGCAUGGAGAUGCAGUGAGCUGUCUGUGUUCGGAAUCCUCUGCAGGCUGCAUCAGCAGAGAGUGUCUUGGCAUCACUCUUCGUCCUUCCUCUCCGGCGUCAUGUGAAGGGGCUCGCGGUGCACUCUCUUGCCGCUCGCGCGCGCGACCCUUCUCGUCUCUGUCCAGCUCUGUCGUCAGUGCCCACGUCCUCGCCCCGACAGUCGCGGUGGGGUUGCGCCCCCGGUGUCUCCGGUGUCCCCGGUUUAUCCUGCGCCCGUUGGCGGAGGAUGAGCGAGCAAGGGAAGGGCUCGGUGUCCGCCUCUGCCGCGGCCCCGGCUCCCGGAUCGGAUACGUACAAAGGCUGGCUCUUCAAAUGGACAAACUAUUUGAAAGGGUACCAGCGGCGAUGGUUUGUCCUCAGCAAUGGCCUGCUCUCCUAUUACAGGACACAAGCAGAGAUGGCCCACACGUGUCGUGGAACUAUAAACUUGGCCACGGCGCACAUCGACACGGAGGACGCAUGCAACAUCGUCCUGAGCAGCGGAGGCCGCACUUACCACCUGAAGGCCAGCACAGAGGUGGAGCGGCAGAGAUGGGUGACGGCGCUGGAGUUGGCCAAAGCUAAAGCCAUUCGCAUGAUGAACGAUCAGUCUGAUGACUCGGGAGACGAGGAGCCCACGUCGCAGUCGGAUCGCAGUGAGCUACAGGGUACGCUAAAGUUGCUUGUCAGCAAACUUGAUGACCUCAGCACGUGUAAUGACCUCAUCGCCAAGCAUGGAGCAGCUCUCCAACGCUCCCUGACUGAACUUGAAGGCCUCAAAGUCACCAUUGAAGGUGGAGAAAAGAUCAAGGCCGUCAACGAGCGAGCCACCCUCUUCCGCAUCACUUCCAAUGCAAUGAUCAAUGCAUGUCGAGACUUCUUGGACCUAGCUGAGACUCACAGCAGGAGAUGGCAGCGGGCACUCCAGUAUGAGAGAGAGCAGCGUACCCACUUAGAGGAAACCAUUGAGCAGCUUGCCAAACAACAUAACAGCCUGGAGCGGGCGUGGAGGGAAGCACCCACGCUUGCUUCAAGCUCGCCCAGUGCCCCCGUUACAAACAAGGGAGGUGGAAGGUCAAACAAAGAGGAGGCGAGUGAUGAAGAUGAGGAUACGGAGUACUUUGAUGCCAUGGAGGAUUCCCCUGCAUUCAUCACAGUGACUGCCAGCGAGAGCACUCAGCACAGGCGAUCUCAGAGUAACUUGAGUGGAGCAAGUGGAGGGCAAGCUUAUGAAUGGAACCAAGACGACAAUAUGUCUCCAAGCUGCAAUGAUGUAUCAGGAAAGGAGCUGCAACCCCGCAGAGAGAGACGGACUCGUGUCCCAGACAAGCCCAAUUACUCCUUGAACUUGUGGAGCAUCAUGAAGAACUGCAUCGGCAAGGAGCUCUCUAAAAUCCCAAUGCCUGUAAACUUUAACGAGCCUUUGUCGAUGCUACAACGUCUCACGGAGGACUUGGAGUAUCAUGAACUCUUAGACAAGGCAGCACGCUGUGAGUCCUCUCUGGAGCAGAUGUGCCUGGUCGCUGCCUUCUCCGUCUCCUCCUACUCCACCACUGUCCAUCGGACCGCCAAGCCCUUCAACCCCCUUCUGGGUGAGACCUAUGAGCUCGAUCGCCUGGAGGAGUUUGGCUACCGGUCACUGUGUGAGCAGGUGAGCCACCACCCCCCUGCAGCUGCUCAUCAUGUGAUUUCUCAAAGAGGCUGGACCUUGUGGCAGGAAAUCACUAUAGCAAGCAAGUUUCGGGGGAAAUACCUCUCCAUUAUGCCUCUGGGUGCCAUUCACCUGCAGUUUCACUCCAGUGGGAACCACUAUGUGUGGAGGAAGGUCACCUCCACUGUGCACAACAUCAUCGUGGGAAAGUUAUGGAUUGACCAGUCGGGAGACAUUGAGAUUGUGAAUCACAGGACCAAGGAGACCUGCCAGCUCAAGUUCUCUCCUUACAGCUACUUCUCCCGGGAUGUUCCUCGAAAGGUGACGGGGGUUGUGGCAGACAGUUCUGGCCAGGCGCAUUACAUCCUCUCCGGCACGUGGGAUGAUAAAAUGGAAAGCGCUAAAAUCAUUCAGAGCAGUCGAGGGGGAAGCGGAUCAGAAGGAAAGCAAAAGACAGUCUAUCAAACUCUGUCGCCAAAGCUGCUGUGGAAGAAAUACCCUCUACCGGAAAAUGCAGAAAACAUGUACUACUUCUCAGCUCUGGCUCUGACCCUGAAUGAGCCAGAAGAAGGAGUUGCAAUGACCGACAGCCGGCUGAGACCAGACCAGAGGCUGAUGGAGGACGGCAGAUGGGAUGAAGCAAACGCUGAAAAGCAGAGGCUAGAAGAGAAACAGAGAGCUGUCAGGAGGAGACGGGAAGCAGAGGCCUCAGAGGCUUUAGAUGAAGGAAGAGAAUACGAAGGAUACCAACCACUGUGGUUCCACCAGAGGCGGGACUCGCUCACUGGAGAGACCGAAUUCGUGUACAAGGGAGGUUACUGGGAGACGAAGGAGAAUCAGGACUGGAGCAUCUGUCCUGACAUCUUUUAACUGCAGGAACUCAUCUCAAAUCGCACCUCAUGGGAAGAGGAACCGCUUAGCCUUUGGUCCUCGGGCAGUGGAGCGUAGCUGGCUUAUGAGCACCACAUGGACCUUCCUGAGAACGAGGAUGUGUGGGAUUUCCUACAUUCUCUGAUCACUCUGUACCUCCAAAUGUACAAUCUCCUUCUUUUGUUUCUAUUUUGAGGACGGAGCGGGUGGGAAGUCCUCUUUGAUGCUUUAAAAGUAAAUGGGAAGAUGAAGAAAACCACAUAUGAAAGGUACCCGAAUGUUCCUGACACUGGAAUCUGCAAACGAUGCCCACUAAGCACUUUAGUGAGUUUACCAAACAAACUUUUACUUCUUGAAUGGAAAACUAUAUUGAAAAAAUAGGAUUAGAUUGACAAAAUCAUAAAGAGGCACUUAAAACAAAGCAUUUGAGUACAAAGUGUGCUUUGAAGAAAAGCUCACUGUUUUAUGCAGCACAAUUGAAAAUGAUAAAUGAGAUUUGUUUAAAUUGAUGCAAUCACAAUUAAUUAAUUUGGCUGCUUAAAAUUCGACUAAUAUAUGGGGGGGGUUAUAUUUGUGAAUGUCACAAAUUUAGAAGUUAUUUAAAUUGCAUAAAAGAUAAAUUAUAUCAAAAAUAAUUAAAAAAAAUAAUAAUAAUGAGCAUGUAUAUAAUAAUGAAGGACAAUGACUUUAUUUGAAAUGUGCAGUCUGACGAAACAAAAAUGUCAGUGUGUGAAACCAGUCUAACCUGCCUGAACUGUGAUUCAGUUACUUUAAAUCUCCACAGUUAACAACUAAUGCAAAUAAUCUUCAAGUAUGCACUAGUCAGAAACAUUAAAGUCGGUUUAUAUUAACCAAAACUCAGUAGCAGUUUUUCUUACCUGCAGAAAGAUUCGAGUCUUCUAGAUCAUCAGGGAGGAUUUCUGAUUGGAAAGAGAGCCGCAACUCAAAAAUAAUACAAGUUUUUAACCUAAAACUACAUUAGAAAGAGUGAAGACCUUUAUCUCAGAUAAUUACUACAUUUUAUUUAUUGUGUAAAGAAAAAGAACUGCACUCUAUACACAACAGUAACUUGGACUUCAGACUUGAGGAAGAUUGAAGUCCUCACCAACUUGACCUAAAAAUACUGUAUUUACUUGAGUUUUGGAGUUCCUGAAUCAUUUCUAUUGGUUUCGCUAAAGUUUCACUUCUAAGACUUUACUGUCAACAAACAAAGACUUUAAUGUAUUUUAUUUGAGGUUCUGCAGAAACACCAAAUACUCAAUUUUGUGCUGGCUGUUUUGAAGUUCUAUAAAGAAAAUUAGUGACACUUAUUUGGACUUUUGACUUACAAAAAGUGAGUUUUGUACAUCUUUAGUAUUUAUCUCCAUGUAUGACAAAACUGCCAUUCAGCGACAUCUAGGAUGCCCAAUAAAUAAAUAAAAAAAGGACAGUAAAGUUUGAGAAAACUGCUAAGAAAAAGUGACAUUCUCCCGUGGCAUCCACUUAGCAGGUUUUCCUUCAUAGAUGCUCCGCAGUUUUUGACUAUUGCAGCAGCUGAGAGAUCAAGUCUUCGUGAGAACUUCACGCAAUCCCCCAAAAAAUGAGAAAAAAAAUCUCUUGAGAAUAUGUGAAUAUUAGCUCAACUCUCUUCAGUAGUUGUGUUUGAAAUAUUUGAUGCCUUGACACUUCUGUGAGUUUAAUGCACUAAACAUACUUGAUAUAUUUCUCCAUUUGUGGUUCUUAUAAAUACACAGUAGUAGUCCUAAACUUCCAGGGAAUGUGCAGCACUCACAUCCCACUAACAUAACCUCAAUUUUUCACCUCAGUUACCCAAAACUUGGUAGAAAUCACCAACAUGUAGAGGAACAGCUCCAUCUGUGCAUAAACUUUACCUUAUUCUGGAGUACUCUGACACAGUUUCACAGAUUUGUCAAAAAAUAUGACGUUUGUGUCAAUGUCUGAGAUUUAUUUACCAUCCAGUUUCUCUGUAUUGCUCCAGCAUCAUCUAUCGCAAUCAGAGAUUUUGCAUUAGUAGUAUUUAAAUUUCUGGAAGAAAAACAAAACCCCUGGAUGGAUUCAGCUGAUGGGAGGUUGUAGAUGCAGACAGGGCUGGUUCCUGUGGCACGCCAGCGUGCAGCCACGGGCUCGGCUGCUCCACGCUGAUCUGGGAUCAGCCUACUGAGGUACCACGAGUCUUUUUUUGCCUUCAACUGACUGAAUAAGGGAACGAAUCCCCUUACCUGUGCACUACGAGAAUACAGUUAAAAAAACAGAGUUUUGAGAACCAGUUAGUAUUUUUUUGUAAUUAUUGUUGGGAAUGUAGAAAUCAUGGCUGGAGGUACCUGCCAUCUAGUCUAUUUGUGUGAAUAUUUUGUGAUAAAAACGAUAUUGUAUAAUAAGAAAUAAUUCUACUAAUACUAAGUCAGAAGUUAUCUGUACAGAAAGACUGAAGCUUGCUGUAAUUUAAACGUUUGGUUUGUUUCUGUGAACCCUGCUGCACCUGUGAUUUCGCCAAAAACUCUCUCAACACACAAAAAGUCGGUUUUCGUUGAUUAAUGCUCACUCACUAAAAACUUUGGUUGUUUCUUCUGAUGUGCAUGAUGAUGUGAAAAUGCACUGAAGUUGCUUUUCAGAAGCUGAAUGUGUCUUUGAUUGAUACUGAAGUUGAUACUGAAGUUUGAUCUGUGAACUGAUUGAUAACUGAUUACCUUUUGUUAGAUUAUAUAUAUUGAUUAGUUUAGAUUAAAUGUUUAAAACAUUUGAAUUUUUUUGUUUUCUUUGUUUUUGCCUUUCCAAAAAAAAAAAACUGUAAUCUUGUCUAAAAGGAAUAAUUCAACACUUUUGGAGUUUGAUUUCUAAUUUUAAUCUGCAAUACAAACAGUUUAUUUUAAGUUGAAGAUUUAAGAAAGUGACUUCCUGUAGUUUCUUUUUCUAUAUUUAAAAGAUAAUUUCUUCCAUAUUAACCCAAGGCUGCCUCUGUAUGGAGGAUUUCAGCAAAAGUUCCCCUCAUUUCCCCUGCAUUAUUAAAAUACAGUUAAUACUAGAUCAUUUUGAAGAUUUAAGGACAUCCAGCCUGUUAAAAUUGUUUGGAAUGAAUUUUAAACUUUUGUAUUUUCUGUUCAUGGUAAGUCUGAUACAUUUAGUUUAAAGUACAUUUUGUUUUAUGCUUUCAGUCAUUUUUCUGACAUUUAAAAGCCGCCAACACAAAAACAACAUUUGAUGGAUUAUUUUUUUUAUACUUAAAGUAUGUAAAACAUAUUUUUUAUACCCUAGUAAAAAAAAGUCUGCAGGAACAUAGCCGACAUUCCUAAUCACUUACAACAAAGCCUCCAUAUCAGAAUCAGCAAUUAGCCUAGCUUGUGAUGAAAAAUAAAAAAAAAUCAAUGAAGAAACUUUUUUUUUAAUGAAAAAUCUUCACCUAAUUUCCCCUAAAUAACCACAUAAAUCCAAAACGUUUCAGUUCAACUGUUUCUAAUUGUCUACUGCUGUUUAAAUGUGUCUCCAAGAAUAUAGUAAUAUAUAUUUUUAAAUUUUAUUUAACCUUUAUUUGACCAGGAAAUCCCAUUAACAUUAGAUUUAUUUUUCAAGGGGGCCGAAAGUCAUCAGGACAAAAAAAUUAAAUACAGUUAAAACAAUAAAGUACAUUUACAAUAAAAUACAAUUAAAAUAAGCAUUAUGACAAUAAUUAAAAGGUUAAUCAAGAGUGAUGUGCAUAUUUCUUUUAAAAGCUCAGAAAAGAACAAAUUCAAGAAAACUUGUCAAAAGGUUGAAUUAUUCCUUCCCUUUCAUUCGACUGGUUUGAUGCUCAUCUCGACACAGACACUCCCAUUUCCCCCCAUGGAUGGAGCUUCGUUUGGACCUUUUUCCUCACAUAUUGGUGUCCUCUGACGCUUCCCCACAACCGUCUUUCACACGUUCUCAUUGUACAGUUACUUGUAUUGUUGUGUCCAUUCACCACAUCUGAAAGAACACAGGCUGCAGGUGUGUGGGGAGGAAAUUCAAGUUUGAAUCUGUUAUUUCUGUAUUUUAGAUGCCCUGGAGAGUUUAAUACAUUGUGUUAGAGAUGAUUUUAUAUUUAAGAAAGCAUCGUAUAUAUGCUAUAUUUUAAGUAAAAAUGGAGAGUUUACUAAAGCAUUGCUUUUGAAUGAGCAUAUUUCCACAAACAUGACCUGGAGCUGUCCGAUUACAGCUGUGGUUACUUCAAACUGAGCACUUACCUGCCACAGAACAUCAGGAGAGAAAAACAACCAAAGUGGAAAAAGGAGGGUCAACAGUCAGCUUUACUUUUGAUGCUUUUGAUAUCUCUUUUCUGUUUUUUUUAAAUCAUGAGUGCCAUUUUCUAGCUGUUGGUGUGCAUAAUGGUUUGUGUGGCACACAUGUCCUCUUGACUCCAUGCUGCUCAGUUUGAUUAUUGAAAGAAAAUGAUGAUUUUUCUUUUGUCUUUUCUUCUUCUGUGUGAUUUAUGACCUGUGACUUUUAUGAUAAAGUGAUGGUGGCGAUAAUGAUCGGUGUAAUGAUAAAAGGUAUCAGAAACAGUUAAAAAAAACUAAAAUCAGUGGCUUGGAAUAGAUAAAAGCAACUGACCUGCCUUCAUUCUCACUUUGAAAUAUCCGCAGGUCUAACUACAAAUUUAAUUGAGGUGUUUCUAUUUUUUUUCUUCUUUUUUAUUGUGUAAUUUUUCCCCUUAAUUUUCACUCCUUAUAAAUUGUCUAAAUGACAAAUCAACAAUAAUAAAAAGAAGAAGAAAAUAAAGCUGUUAUUGUCUACA